AUGGUCGUGGUCGUCGCUAGCCUGGCGGAACCGGUCUACUGGGUCCUCCGCAGGGCUGACAUGUCCCAACACGGAGAACCAUCGAGCGCGCUCGUUGCAGGCAAGCCAAUCUACGCGCCACCUACACAUGGCAACACAAUUCCACUGGUGCACACUGUCACACACAAGGACAUUGUUGACUGCAAGGCUGUCUGCAUUUGCGAUAAACGCCAGACCUGGAAUCGCCUCUGUGCCACCAAAUACCAUGUGUCGUACUGCAGUGUACAAGGACCCAUCGCAACCGCAUCUGGAACCGUAACCAUUUCCCGGUCGCCAAUGUCACCUUCACCGACAGCAUUCACACAUUGGGUCGUCUACCAUGUCUGA